AGUUUGGUCCCCAUCGAUUCUCCUCCAUUUCUGCUCAAAAUCUUUGACUUUCGUUAAACUAUAAAAGCUCCCCCACUUCUUUCUGCCAGGAAUCAGAUUCCAGAGAGCUUUGCUUUAUUUUAGUCAAGAACCUUCACCAAAUCAUCUCGUGGAAAAAUGGCAGAGGCAGCCCAGAAACGAGUGAGCCAGCCGGAGAAAGUAGUUAUAACUAACAAACAUGGUGAAAAGCUUGUGGGAUUAUUGCAUGAAACCGGUUCUAAAGAGCUUGUGAUCUUGUGCCAUGGAGCUCGAUCCCACAAGGGAGAUAAUAUUAUGACUACACUUGCUCUUGCAUUGGAAAAGGAAGGAAUUAGUGCUUUCCGUUUCGAUUUUGCUGGAAAUGGAGAAAGUGAAGGCACCUUUCAGUUUGGUCAAUACUGGAGAGAGGUUGAUGACUUGCAUGCUGUAGUCCAACACUUCUCUGGGACAAACCAUACAGUGAGUGCAAUUCUUGGCCACAGUAAAGGAGGGGAUGAGGUGCUUCUGCAUGCUUCUAAGUAUGGUGACGUUCGCACGGUUGUCAAUGUUUCUGGACGUUAUGAUCUGAAUGGAGGCCUUGAACUACGGUUAGGGAAAAACUUUAUGGAAAGGAUCAAGAAGCAAGGAUACUUGGAUAUUAAGGAUAAGACAGGAACUUUCGAUUGUCGUGUGACAGAGGAAAGUUUGCUGGAUCGCAUGAAUACUAAUAUGCAUGAAUCAUGCCUUAAGAUUGCCAAAGAUUGCCGUGUUUUGACAGUCCAUGGAUCUGAUGACGACGUGAUCCCCGUUGGAGAUGCACUGGAGUUUGCCAAGAUAAUACCUAACCACAAGUUACAUGUUAUACAAGGAGCUGAUCAUUAUUACAGCGCUCACCAAGCUGAGUUAGCGUCAACUAUUUUGGAAUUCCUUAAGGCAGCUUUCCAAGAGGACAAGACUACUUCCAACUAGAUACCGUAGGCCAAACAGUAUAUAAGUUCCACAAGGUUUAUGGCCUUGCAUUGUUUGUAGAAAAUUUGAUGAUAUCAGAUUUUCAGACAAUAUGGAGUCGUGCUUUUCCCUUGUAUUGUGCUUAAUAACAGAAUCCUCUUAUUAUCACUGGGGUUACCUUAAAAUUUUGUGAUGACAUAUACCUCAUAUGUGAAUCGAUUGCAAGUUACAUUCUGCAUUUCUGCAGCAUCAAACACCAAAUAUAAUGAAAAACAUUAUUAAAGUUGA